GAGGAGAAGGGAGGGUGUUGUGGAACGAAUCACUGCAUGGCCACCGAUCGUCAUUUUUCCAUCCUCUGCCUGCGUCGUGAAUUCCGGGAUUUUCAGGAUUCCAAUACCAGUUUGGCUCGAUAUUCCAGCAGACACAGGCGUGGCUUAUCAAGAGUGUUUCUGGGAGGGCUUUCUUGCCUUGCCUUUAUACCCGGCAGGCAGCCCGGCACCCUGUGGGUUCCUGCACCAAUGCCCCGUGCGCGGAGGCUUUAGCCUGCGUACCGAUUGUAUCGGAUUUAGUUUCGAACGUUUGUGCUUGUAGGAUUAUUUUCUUUCUUGUUGAUCUAUCUUGGCUGCCCAGUGUCGUGGCUGCCCACUGUCCUGGCUGCCCACUGUCUUGACUGCCCACUGUCCUGGCUGCCCACUGUCCUGACUGCCCACUGUCUUGACUGCCCACUGUCCUGGCUGCCCACUGUCUUGACUGCCCACUGUCCUGACUGCCCACUGUCCUGGCUGCCCAGUGUCCUGGCUGCCCACUAUCCUGGCUGCCCAGUGUCCUGGCUUCCCACUAUCCUGGCUGCCCAGUGUCCUGGCUGCCCACUGUCCUGGCUGCCCACUGUCCUGACUGCCCACUGUCUUGACUGCCCACUAUCCUGGCUGCCCAGUGUCCUGGCUGCCCACUGUCUUGACUGCCCACUAUCCUGGCUGCCCACUGUCUUGACUGCCCACUAUCCUGGCUGCCCACUGUCUUGACUGCCCAGUGUCCUGGCUGCCCACUGUCUUGACUGCCCACUAUCCUGGCUGCCCAGUGUCCUGGCUGCCCACUGUCUUGACUGCCCACUAUCCUGGCUGCCCACUGUCCUGGCUGCCCACUGUCCUGGCUGCCCACUGUCCUGGCUGCCCACUGUCUUGACUGCCCAGUGUCCUGGCUGCCCACUGUCCUGGCUGCCCACUGUCCUGGCUGCCCAGUGUCCUGGCUGCCCACUGUCCUGGCUGCCCACUGUCCUGGCUGCCCACUGUCCUGGCUGCCCACUGUCUUGACUGCCCACUGUCCUGGCUGCCCACUGUCCUGGCUGCCCACUGUCCUGUCUGCCCCGCUAGUAUUGGCUGCCCACUGUCCCAGGAUUGGUCUGGGCGCUCGCGCGCACGAACCGUUCGCUCGGCACGUAGGUGUUGCACGAGUCGUUCGUGACGCAGAUCGAAGAACCCGCUAAUUAUUCGGUGGGAAGAAAACGCGGAAAGACGAUGUUCGCCAAGGAGGACAAGAGCGUGGCCACGUCCAUGGCCGGGGACAUUAAGUUGCGGGCGUGCGAGGCUGUGAGGAAGCCGGGCUGGGCAGGAGAGAGCGUGAGGGUUCAGAAGCAGGAGGUUUGGACUCUGGACAAAGGGAUUGAUGGUGGUGAUGCAGAGCUGACGAGCACGGCGGCCAUGGCGAAGUUGGAGGCGUGCGGCGAGGAGACGCCGCUGCUGGGCGGACUGGCGGCCGCGGAGGGCCGGUUGAGGCGCGACAUUCGCUUCUUCUUCAUGAGCCCUUGCGAGAAGUUCCGCGUCAAGGGACGCAAGCCCUGGAAGAUGGGCGUCCAGAUCCUCAAGAUCGUCAUGGUCACCAUUCAGCUCGUGGUGUUUGGGCUCAGCAACCAGAUGGUGGUGACGUUCCGCGAGGAGAACAUGGCGACCUUCAAGCACCUGUUCCUGCGCGACUACAGGGACACGCCGGCGGACGACGCCUACGCCGUGUACACGCGCGCAGACUUCUUCGGCAACGUCGCCCACGUCCUCAACCAGUACGUGCGCCUGCGGAACGUGUCCGUGGGGAACUACGCGUACAUGCGCGACAGCGACGGCAGAAUCGCCCCCAUCAACCUCUGCCGCAGCUUCUACAAGGCGGGCACCAUCGACCCCGGCAACGACACCUUCAGCAUCAACCCCGUGAUCGAGAAGGUAUGCAUCGACAUGCUGCCCCUGAUCCCGCUGGGAGGCUUGUCGCUGAACGCGACUCGCCGCGCGGUGACGGAGAUCUUCGUGGCCUCGAAUCUCACCCUCGACUUCCACAGGCUGAUUGACGUCACCAUCAAGUUCAAGCUGAAGACCAUCAACCUUCAGACGGUCCGCUACCACGAGCUGCCCGACUGUUACAUCUUCUCCAUCACCGCGCUCUUCGACAACAAGGCUCAUAGCGGCCGCAUCAUGGUCAACCUGGACAGUGACGCCCUCAUACGCGAGUGCAAAGAGUGGGACAUCUCUGGCUCCAUUCAGAAGAACACGCACUUCAUGAUGAUCUUCGACGUCUUCAUCAUCAUGCUGUGCCUCACCUCCUUCGUCCUCUGCCUCCGAUCGAUCGUCAAAGGCGUCUUCCUCCGAAACGAAUUCGUGCUGUUCUACCAUGUGCACUACGACCAGACGGUGGGGUGGUCCGAUCAGACGGAGUUCAUCAACGGCUGGUUCAUUCUCAUCAUCAUCAGCGACAUCUUCACCGUCAUCGGCUCCAUCCUCAAAAUCGAGAUCGAGAUGAAGAGCCUCAUGUCCUAUGACCUCUGCAGUAUACUGCUGGGGACGUCCACUCUGCUGGUCUGGGUCGGUGUGAUCAAGUACAUGGGCUACUUUAAGACGUACAACAUCCUCAUCUUGACCCUGCGCGCGGCAUUCCCCAACGUCAUCCGCUUCUGCUGCUGUGCCGCCAUGAUCUACCUGGGCUACUGCUUCUGCGGAUGGAUCGUGCUGGGACCGUACCACUUCAAGUUCCGCACGCUCAACAUGGUUUCGGAGUGCCUCUUCUCGCUCAUCAACGGCGACGACAUGUUCUCCACAUUCUCGGCGAUGAAGCAGAAGAGCUACCUGGUGUGGCUCUUCAGCCAGUUGUACCUCUACAGCUUCAUCAGCCUCUUCAUCUACAUGAUCCUCAGCGUCUUCAUCGCCCUCAUCACCGAGACCUACGAGACCAUCAAGCACUACGACGCUCAGGGCCGCGCCAUGAGCGAGGUCGACCGCUUCCUCAACGCCGGCAGCAGCCCCGAGCCCGGCACCGGCGGAAGCAUCAACGGCGUUGCCGGUGGCGGUGGCGGUGGCGGUGGCGGUGGUGGCGGGGAUGGCGGUGGUGGCUGGGACGAGGGAGAGACGGCCUGCAGCUUCCUCACCUGCUGCCUCCCCCAGCGCUCGUCCACCUCCCACUGACUUGGCGGCUCGCCUGGAGGAGCGAAACCGGCUUCGCCGACCUACGACCCCCGACGACCCCGCGACACCGGCCACUUGCGACAGCUUUCCCCUGUCCCGUUUGUUUUUUUUCUUUCCGCGUGAGAUCCCACCCCACCCCCUCCCCUCCGCCCUCCGCCCUCCUCGUCCCCCGCGCGGCCGCCGACCGGCAGCACCGCGCUCGGUCGCAAGGUGAAAGAAACGUCCCGUGCCGGUGGAGGACCUCUCGGUUCGAGCGGCGCCUAUGGCGGCGGCGGCGGCAACGGCGGCGGCAGCGGCGGCGGCGGCGGCGCCACGACUUCUCAAGUUGCCGGCCAUCGCCGAGGGCCGUCGACCGUCCCCCUUUCUCCGAACGGCGCCCUCCGAAAUGCACCCGCCGAGUGCCCGUCCAGGCCCUGGGUGAAACGACGCGUCGAGGUCUUCGCCCCUCGCCCGGGGGGGCCCCCCCCGGGUCCCCGGCGUGGUUCCAGCUCCCGACGGUCCCGCGCAAUGCCCCACGGGGUCUUUCGGUUUUGGGGGGACCGGCGAAUGCGUCCGGUUUCGUUUCAUUUCUUUCAAUUCGAUUUUUGGUUUUACGAUUUGCGUCGUCGUCGUCGUCGUCGUUUUACGCUUCUCUCUCUCGCACGGGCUCGCAUCGCGCGUUUUCUUGCCGUCCACCGUCAGGAUCUCGCGUCGGACCCCCAUCUCCUUUAGCUUCCGGAAAGAGGGCACUGCAGAAGUACUUCUGGGGUUUUACCACCGCCAGCCCCGCCACCAUCUCGUUCAGCUUUCUGGAAAGAGGACACUGCAAGAAGUACUUCAGAGGCCGCCACCACCACCACCGCCCCACCCUCCGUCGACUGCCUCUCGUCAACACUUGAGCGGCGCAGCGAUUUUUCCAACGUAACCCAGCCUGUAGAAGGUGGUGCGCGACCGCUCGACCCGUCGAGAGAAAUAUAUAUUUUUUUCCUGGACCUGUGGCUCGGACUAAUGGGGGGAUUCGGAAUCUUAGCCGAGCGAGCAAAGCCGAAAGAGGCGAGUCGGAGUUUCCUGCCGGGUGUGUUUGCGGUCUAGCGCAGGGGUCCCCAAACCCCCCCCCGGGCCGAGGAACCGGUACCGGUCCGUGGCCUGUUAGGAACCGUGCCGCACAGCAGCAGGAGGUGAGAGCGGUGAGUCCGAGCAUGACCCGCCCCCCAUUGUUUUAUUAUUUUACAACUUCCCGUGCGCGCCUCUUUCCCGCACCGAGCGCUCAGUCUCAGUCACGUGGUGUUGUUGGUAUUAAGCCCGCGAGCGCUAACCCCCUAGUAGCCAAGAUGAGUAACGAAACAAAUAGUCGCUGGAGAGCUUCUUUGAAUGAUGAACCCUCCCACCGUUCAUGAAAAAAAAUUGUCUUCCACGAAACCGGUCCCUGGUGCCAUAAAGUUUGGGGACCGCCGGUCCAGCGAGACGCCCCGCUCCAACCGCGCGGGGAGCGACCGACACCUGGGACUAGCAAUCGCUUCCGCCCCCGGCGGCGGGAGGGCAGGGAGCGUGGUGGUGGAGGGGAUAUCGGCGAUGGUGGCUCAGUGCUGUAAAUGAUGACGGUUGUUUUACGUUCCGUGGCCGUGCGUUGUCCCGCCAAGUGUUUCACUUCCCGUUGGCGGCGUCGCGAGCGAUGCCGGUUCGGUGGUCGGCGGGCGGGCGGGCGGGCGGUUCCCUGAGCCACAGCGAUGGGGAAAUUCUACAUUCCCAUGGCGGGUUUCCUGACGUACGUGUGUGUGUACGUCGAACUUCUUUCGCACCGUACGUA